GUCAGAAUGAUUUACGUAUCCGAGUAGUGUGGACGCUUAUAGUUAUGGACGGUUUUAAUUUUCUGCGCAUUUGCUUCGCUGUGCUGUUUCUGAUCCAUCGGGGACAUUCUUUCUUGGAACCAGCCAGCAUAGACUGUUCGACGUACAAGGGUGUCGCCUUGUAUGAGCACCAAUGCCGGAAGUUUUUGCAAUAUCAUGGAAUGACUACCCCGUGGUAUUUUGGCUAUGAUGACGUGUUGACCAGGCAAGAGUUGUUGACCGCCAUCAUUGGAAAAUGCAGGAAGAAUAUUCCGAAUUACAAGGAAUGCAUGGCUGAAAUUAUAACCUGGUGCCCGGUGCAGUCAAGACUGAUCGCGGCUGAGACGGAUGCUGUAUCAAGUUAUUAUUGCGACGGCACCGAAGUGGCGAACUGGAUAGUACAGUAUAUUGCAUAUCGAGAACAAAAUGGCGGCUUUAGUUACGACUGGCCAAAAUGCUUGGGCCGAGGAACUGAGGCCUCUAGACAGUGUGCACGUGAAGGCUUGACCCCUGACCCUUUUUCACUACACACACCCCAGGAGGGCGUGUCCUUAAUGAAGGAGUAUGCUGUUCAAAUGUUCAAUUGUAUGAAAAGGAAAUUGUCGUCCAAUUUGUUUGAACCAAGCGAUUGUCCUAGUUCGCCAUCUGAUCAGUUGUUCGUCUUUUGGAUUCACUGGUUUCCCAACAGCGUCUUUGGGUUUGAGGUUCCAGAUGAGAACAGGAAUCUGUCGAAGAAAGAGGCAGAUAUGAUUAUCCCAAAGGUUACUGGAUUGUAAAACCAACAUAACAUUACACACCAGGAUUAACGCUCUAUCUGUAUUAAUAUGUCGUGUCAGUCAGUUGUCGCAUAACAAGGGCAUAUUCAAUGAAAUGUCUUAUAACGACUAUGAAGAACAAUUAAGCACGUUCUUAAAAGACCUGUAUUUUGUGACACUACCUUCGAUUGGAGGUGUUGUUUUCGGUUGCUUUUUUAUAUUAUACAAUGAUUUUACGUAUAUCAUCAUGUUAUAAAUAAAGACAACCAUAUGGGAUACAAACAGGUAUUUCUUAACCGUUUUAUGACUCUGUAAGUUUCCAGUCGUACAUUUAUAAUAUAAAGCAUUACACAAGUAAA